CACCAAGGAAUUUUCUGUUUCUGAUUCUUUUGAAGCAAUAUACUUCAUUGCACUACUAACUUCUGGCUUCCUAGAUUUCUCUAUUUUUUAUACCCACUUACCUCAUCCUGCCACCAAAACCCAGUGGCAGGCAUGUUUGUUCUCCCUCUUCUUUUUCUUCUUUUCAUACACCCAAGGCACCAAAGCCUGUGGCCUUUGUCAUGGUCACUGACAUCACAGAGGCAUGAGGAAGGCUGCAUGCUUGUUCUGAUCACAGAAGCCACGAAACAAUCAGAAGUGAAGGAAAGAGAGAGCUAAUUAAUGAUUGUGAUCAACUGACUCCAUUAAAACCGCACCCUGAAAGCUUCAAAGCCACUAACAGGCUAUAUUUUCCUUAUAUUGGUAUCUGUUCUUCAGAGCCUGUGAGUUCCAUGGGAGCAAAGAAGGGCAAAGUUUGGGUCUUUUGGAUAGCCUUCUUCUUGUCCUGGGCUUCUGCAACCGCUAUUCUCUCGCCUAAAGGUGUCAACUUUGAAGUGCAAGCUUUGAUGGGUAUAAAAGCCUUUCUGAAGGAUCCACAUAAUGUUCUUGAGAACUGGGACAAGGACUCCGUUGAUCCUUGCAGCUGGACUAUGGUGACAUGCUCACCUCAAAACCUAGUCACUGGCCUAGGAACUCCAAGCCAGAAUUUAUCUGGUACACUCUCCCCAAGCAUAGGAAACUUGACCAACCUCGAAAUUGUGCUUCUGCAGAACAACAACAUAUCAGGACCACUACCAGCAGAGAUAGGGAAGCUCUCAAGGCUUCGCACACUUGAUCUCUCUAACAACUACUUCUCUGGCGAAAUUCCCUCCUCGGUGGGCAACUUGAAAAGCCUCCAAUACCUGAGGCUUAACAAUAACAGUCUCUCGGGAUCAUUCCCCAUGUCUUUGGCUAAUAUCCCUCAACUUGCUUUUCUGGACUUGUCUUAUAAUAAUUUGAGUGGUCCUAUACCCAGGUUCCCAGCUAGAACUUUCAACAUCGUUGGGAAUCCUUUGAUCUGUGCCACUGGUUUGGAGCAAGAAUGCUAUGGGACCGUGCCUAUGCCGAUCUCCUUCAACUUGAAUAAUUCGCAAAGCUCUCCACCCAGGGGAAGACCUAAAAGUCACAAAGUCAUGAUUGCAUUUGUUUCCAGCCUAGGAAGUAUCUGUUUACUUAGCCUUGGACUUGGACUAUUUCUUUGGUGGAGGCAAAGACAUAACCAACAAAUCUUCUUUGAUGUAAAUGAUCAACACAAUGAGGAAGUUUGUCUUGGAAAUCUGAAAAGGUUCCAAUUUAGAGAGCUUCAGAUUGCGACAAAUAAUUUCAGCAGCAAAAACAUACUAGGAAAAGGUGGCUUUGGAAAUGUGUAUAAAGGUCAGCUACAAGAUGGAACAUUGGUAGCUGUUAAAAGGCUGAAGGAUGGAAAUGCUGCAGGCGGUGAGAUCCAGUUCCAGACUGAGGUAGAGAUGAUAAGCCUGGCAGUGCAUAGAAACCUACUCCGGCUGUAUGGAUUUUGCAUGACUACUACAGAGAGGCUUCUCGUGUAUCCUUACAUGUCUAAUGGAAGUGUUGCUUCCCGACUCAAAGCAAAACCAGCCUUGGAUUGGAGCACUAGAAAAAGAAUAGCUUUGGGGGCUGCAAGGGGUCUGCUCUAUCUACAUGAGCAGUGUGAUCCCAAGAUCAUUCACAGAGAUGUAAAGGCUGCUAAUAUAUUGCUAGAUGACUAUUGUGAGGCUGUUGUAGGAGACUUCGGGCUCGCGAAGCUCCUUGAUCACAGGGACUCCCAUGUCACUACUGCUGUAAGGGGUACUGUUGGGCAUAUAGCUCCUGAGUAUCUCUCGACGGGCCAGUCUUCUGAGAAAACUGAUGUCUUUGGGUUUGGAAUUCUUAUCCUUGAGCUGAUUACUGGUCUAAGAGCAAUGGAAUUUGGAAAGGCAGCAAACCAGAAAGGAGCCAUGCUUGAUUGGGUGAAGAAAAUCCACCAAGAAAAGAAGCUCGACAUGCUUGUGGACAAGGACCUGAAGAAUGACUAUGAUCGGAUUGAGCUCGAAGAGAUGGUCCAAGUGGCACUCUUGUGCACCCAGUAUCUCCCAGGCCAGAGGCCCAAAAUGUCCGAGGUGGUGCGCAUGCUCGAAGGUGAUGGACUCGCAGAGAGAUGGGAGGCCUCUCAGAGAGUUGAGGCACACAAGUUCAAGAUGCCCGAAUUCUCCUCCUCAGAGCGCUACUCCGACCUGACUGAUGACUCCUCACUGCUUGUCCAAGCAAUGGAGCUAUCUGGGCCAAGGUAAUUAGUUGAUAACAAAGAGAACAAUAAUUCAGUUUUGUCCUGUAUAUAUCAGGGCCAUUAUAUUUGGUGAUGGCUGUGGAGGUAGUUAAGUCAGCCUUGAUGGAGUAUUCAAGAAUGUGAAUUAUCAUGAGCAUUUUGUAUAAAAUAGCUUGAUAUUGGUGUGCAUUAUGACAGUUCAGUGACAAAGGAAUAGGUGAUGUAAUUGAAUCAUAGAAAGGGAAAUUGUAAGCAAUUUGGUUCCUUCUUUAGUAGCAAAUACUGCUUUAUAUUCAAGGUAUGUAUGGUUAUCUCUUUAAGCUGAAG